AUGUCUCAGCGAAAUAUUGAAACUGCUGGGAGCAGUCCGAAUAUGAACGGUCCUGUGAACGACCCUAACUCGUGGAUUGAAAUAUUCCACUCCAUGCCGUCGCUGGAGAACGUCUACAUCAUCUUUUCAAAAGACGGUGGCAAGUGGACGCCGAACAGAACUUACCGGUUUGAAGAUGCGAGUCACAUUCGAGAGGGGUUUCGAGUUUUCCGAGUUUCCGGCUGCAAACGGUUAGAGUUUGCGAUAACGGACGGGAAACGAUACUGGGACAAUAACGGUGGGCAGAACUACGUCAUUACGGAGCCGGGUCGCUAUGUUGUGAGUAUUCGUGGUCUACAGCGGCGCGGUGACGUGGAUAUGGAUGAAAUUCGCCGACAACAGACCAAAGCUACUGACCAAUACAUCGAAAUCUUGUACCGGGCACCGGCUGACUGGUCGCAGGUCUAUAUUAUGUACGCGAAACAGUUAAACGCCAAGGCGGAUUGGACUUCUGCACCCGGCGAGCUCAUGCUGCGGAAUCCCGAGGAGCAGAACCUCUAUUUUAUCCGGCUAUUGGCGAAAGAGCUCGAAUUCGUUUUGAACAAUGGUGGCGAGGAGUACGACAAUUGCAAAGGGAAGAAUUUCAAAUGUCACACACCCGGUCGCUAUCUGGUGCAGCACGAGGACUGCAAGUACCUCGGCCGAAGCGAGCGAGAUCUCCUUCGGCAGGAGAUGGCCGCACGGAAAGCGUGA